AUGAAAUCUCGCAUGCGCAGCCUGCCUGGCCGGGACACCGACUGUCGCCACAUUGCAGAGCUUGCGUUUAAGUCACACUUCUUUUCCUUCGUAAUGGCCACCGAGUGCAAGAGGAGUGAUGCGGGCAAUUCGCAUAUGCCAAAGAGAAGCCGAAGAAUAUGGUUCAACAGCAGCCACAGAUUUUUAGAAGAUGCCCACAAGGCCGCAGCAGUGGUCAGUAGCGAAGUGGUUAAUCUUCCUCGCAGGUCACUCCUGAUUGAGUCCUGGCGGCGGCUCCGCACCCCCAAGCAAAAGCAGCAGGUCAGCCCGGCGGCGGUCGGCGAGGACCCGCGUGCCCAGGCCGAGCUGCUCGCUGUACUGAGGACAGAGCUGCGGCCCAAGCAGCGACGCCCGCCCAGCUGCGCCGACGAGGCUGCGCCCGGGACGGCCAUGGCAGCCGACGGGGCGCUGCACGCCGUGGUCAAGCUGCAGGCGCGCCUGGCUGCCCACUCCGAUCCCAAGAAGCUGGCGAAAUACCUGAAGAAACUCUCCGCCUUGCCAGUGACAGCACACUCCCUGGCGGAGACUGGAGUCCGCAAGACGGUCAAGCGCUUGCGCACACACCAGCACGUGGGCAGCUUGGCCAGGGACUUAGCCGCCCAGUGGAAGAAGUUGCUGGUCGUGGCGCGGGACACCCGGCCUGAACAACUGGCCUUGGAGGAGAGCCGUUCCCGAAAGCGCCCCAGGGAGGAGUUUCCGAAGGAGCCGAAGGUGCAGGGCGCCUGCCCAGAAAGCCACGGAGCCUCCGAGAGCCCAUCCGACGGCACGGAGCGCGGACACAGAAAGCACAGGAGACUCUCGCAGCUCCAAACACCUCCCAAGGGGUCUCCCGGUGGCGACAGGAGAGGCGGGAGCACCAAGCGCUACACAGUUGCACUGGCUUCCUCCUCAGACUGGGCGUCUUCCGGCGAUGGCCACAUCCGCAUCCGUCUGUCCCUUGCCGGUCCUCACCAGAUGUGCGUGGACCAUUGCGUGCCCCCGGAGGAGGAGGGCCCCGAGCCCGCUGUUCUCCGCCAGAAGCCUGGAAAAGGCCACGCUGAUGCCCCUCAGGGCAGUCCGGGACUCCGUCAAGAGGGACACCUGGGCAAACCCCGGGGGCAAGGGGCCGUCGUGAGCCCAAGCCCGGCGCAGGUAUCUUCCCACAGGCAGAAAGGCCCGGCGGGGGCUGGGGACGACGAGAUGUUCCCUGCUGGAUUCAGCCAGAAAUCCCACAAGGCCUUCUCCCCAGAGGAAGGUCCAAGGGCCAUCUCGGGGGACAGUACCAAGGACAAACCGCCCUCUAGGCGGGCCAGGAGAGAGAAGGCAUCGGAGCUCGGUUGCGUUCCCUCUCUACCCGCCUUGGACGCUGCUCGGGACAACCACCUAGAGGAGAAGAGGGACAAAGACUCUGACGAACCCAAAGCAGACGAAACAAAGAAGCCAAGCCCAGAAAGCUUAGACACAGGAGAGGGCGCAGGAGGCCUGCUGCCCACGGUGCCAGGCAAGCUUUCCAACAAGCUCAGCACUCGAGAAGGGAUACGCAGACCUUCCACCUGGGAGAGCUCCCUCCCUGAAGAGGAGGAGUUGGCAGAUAUGGAGGCUGACUCUGAGCAGCCUGCUGUGCCCUUUGAGGCAUACUCCACCUAUGGCCGGCCUUGGAAGGGAAAGGAAAGGACGGUGAAAACUCUGGCCACUACUCUGAGAGUCAAAGACCUUCACGAGACGGACUCUAAACGCACUCGUGAAAAUGGGAGCCUGCUUCCCAGACUAGCCAAGGUGCAGGAAAAUGAGACAGAGGAGCCGCCACCGCCCGGAGCGCACGUAGCCAAGCUGAAAAGGGUCCCCACCGACGCCCCGCCGGUGCUGCCAGACCUCCCGUUACCCGGGAUGCGGGCCAGUGACAGGGCACUGUCUGUCCUUGAACUGAUGUCCUCCUUCCCGCCAGAGAUACACGCACUCCCUUCCCCCCAGCAAGAAGAAGAGGGUGGAUUUCCUACGGGACGCAGAAGGAACUCGAAGAUGCCGGUGUACUCGGGCCCCAGGAGCGCCGGCCUGCCUAGAACCGUGACUGCGUGUGAGCGGCGGGUGUGGGCCCUCGGGACCAGCGUCCCUGCUGUCCGGGAAGCGGGGGGAGACCCGUGUCCUGCUCCGGAGCCCGCGUGGAAGGGGUGCACGCCCGAUCAGCCAGGUCGCAUCAUCGAGAAAUACAAUCCCACACUAGCGAAAGAAACGGGCCACUUAUGGAAAAGGCGCUGUCAACGAGACUUUAAGGAAGCCCGGCCGGAGGAGCACGAGUCGUGGCGGGAGAUGUACCUGCGGCUCCGGGAGGCCCGAGAGCGGCGGCUCCGGCUGGUGACGAUGAAGAUCCGCUCUGCACGCGCCGAGAGGCCCAGAGGCCGACAGACACAGAUGAUCUUCUUCCACUCUGUGCUCGACAAGCCUUGUGAGGUUCCCAGGAGGCAGGAAAAGCCUGCCUCGGGAGGAGCGGCCAUCCCCGAUAAAGCCGAGGUGCAGCCGGCCCCACGCCCACAGGAGAGCAGCCGGCCCCCCUCCAGCAGCACCGGUGGCCACAGCCGCUUUCACCCGCUCCCUGCGAGGCCCCCCUCCUGCGGCCCCAGCACCAGGAAAGCCGCCGCCAAGAAAGUAGCCCCGCUCAUGGCCAAGACGAUCCGAGAUUACAGGAACACAUACUCCCGCCGAUGA